GGACGGCGGUUACGUCGGGGCUCCGGGAGACACAACAAACAUGGAGGCGGUCGCGACAGGAGUCGGGGCUAACGGAGGCUGCAAAGUGCCGCGGAGACUGACUGGAAAGGCAUUAAUCAGAAAAGCAUAUUUCUGUAUAUGAUGGAACAUACAUUUCAAGAGUGGAUUUUUUAUGUCUGUUUCUGUGAUUUAAGAGCACAUUUGUUGCACUUUCCCAUGUCUCCUGUCUGAUGCCAGGAAGAAGAGUUCAGAAUGUUUUCUACAUGAAAGAAAAAUUCAGGCCUGCAACAUUGUGAAGUCGUAGUGUGAAUAUGGGUGAAAAGAAACCAGAACCUUUGGAUUUUGUAAAAGAUUUUCAGGAAUAUCUGACUCAGCAAACUCAUCAUGUGAACAUGAUUUCAGGCUCUGUUAGUGGGGAUAAAGAAGCAGAAACUCUUCAAGGAGCAGGAACAGAAGGUGAUCAAAAUGGACUAGAUCAUCCUUCAGUUGAAGUUUCACUGGAUGAAAAUUCAGGAGUUUUAGUAGAUGGGUUUGAAAGAACUUUUGAUGGAAAAUUAAAGUGUCGAUAUUGUAAUUAUGCCAGCAAAGGGACAGCACGUCUCAUAGAACAUAUCAGAAUUCAUACAGGUGAGAAGCCACACAGAUGCCACUUAUGUCCCUUUGCAUCAGCCUAUGAACGUCACCUGGAAGCUCAUAUGCGGUCUCAUACUGGCGAAAAACCAUAUAAAUGUGAAUUGUGUUCCUUCCGCUGUAGCGACAGAAGCAACUUGUCUCACCAUCGCAGGCGCAAACAUAAAAUGGUGCCUAUAAAGGGUACAAGGCCUUCCCUUAGUAGCAAGAAGAUGUGGGGCGUCUUGCAGAAGAAGACCAGUAACUUGGGGUACAGCCGAAGAGCACUAAUUAACUUGAGUCCACCUUCCAUGGUGGUUCAGAAGCCAGACUACCUUAACGACUUCACUCAUGAAAUCCCAAACAUUCAGACUGAAGCAUAUGAAAGUAUGACAAAACCAACAGAGACUGGUGGGUUGCCAAGAGACCCACAAGAUCUUAUGGUUGAUAACCCUUUAAACCAGCUAUCUACCCUAGCAGGACAGUUGUCUAGCUUGCCCCCUGAAAACCAGAACCCACCCUCUCCUGACGUUGUACCAUGUCAAGAUGAAAAGCCUUUUAUGAUGCAGCAACCGGCUGCACCAGUUGUUGUUCCAGCUGUGUCAACCAGUAUUCCUCAGAGCUCGUCCCCUACGAGCCCUGAUCCUCGUCCUGCACAUUCUCAAAGAAACUAUAGUCCAGUGGCAGGUCCCAGCAGUGACCACAGUGCUCAUGCCAGCACUCCAAGCAUAAGUAACAGUCAGCCAAGUACUCCAGCACCAACUCUUCCAGUUCAGGAUCCUCAGCUUCUGCAUCACUGCCAGCACUGUGAUAUGUAUUUUGCUGACAAUAUCCUUUAUACUAUUCACAUGGGAUGUCAUGGAUUUGAAAACCCUUUCCAGUGUAACAUAUGUGGUUGCAAAUGUAAAAACAAAUAUGACUUUGCUUGCCAUUUUGCCAGAGGCCAACAUAACCAGCAUUGAUUGAAUACAAGUUACAGUAUGCUUUCAUUUAUUUGUGUGUGUUUAAACACAUUGUUGUCUGUCUCUUACUUGCUAAUGGGGAGGUUGCUUGUCCUCUUUGAGGAAUCCAAUUAAGCAAUUUAACAUUGGAAGCAAACAUCUUUACAUGCUGGGGAAGUGCUUGUUAGUCAUGCUGGCAUUCCUUAUCUGGUUCUUAAAAUGAGGCUUGUAAUGCAAUUACUUGUUCUAAAACAAAAUUAUCGUUAUGUGCAACAAAAUGGGGACUAAUAUUACAUAAUGUGGGUCUUUGGACCUAUACUUGUCCAAGUACAACUUAUAGUCCUUUACAUUAAGCUGUGCAGCAAAGUAACCCACACAACGUAAUUCUGCCACAUAUAAUGCACCCAAAUAUGAUCAAUGUAGAAGCUAUGAUUGUCCCCUAAUAUGAUACAAAAUCUUUUAUAAGAAGUAAACCAAUAAUUCAUGUCUACAAUAAAACCGAAAUCUAGCAAAAAUGUAGUUGCAGUAAAACAAAGCUCCUGUGGUAAAACUAAUAAUGUGGAAAGCUAGAAGAAGAAUGUGAAACAGGGUACAGAGACACCUGCCUUCCAGUAAUACUGACCUGUUUUAAGAAAUACAAAGCAGCAGUGCCUAGUGUUAAAUGUCUGUAAAUCUAUACAAACUGUGCAAAGAAAAUGGUAGAACAAAAUGGGUAAUACGUUAAAAUGAUGUACCAUAAUCUUCAUGCCUAGUUUGCAGUGCAUUACAAAUAACAUAAUUGCCUUUAAAUACUGAUGUAUGUACUGUUUUUGCCUUUGCCUUUUGGUACCAAUGUCUUGAUGGAAAUGAAGCAGCAAGGUUAUAAGAUUAUGAUAAUCCAUUCAUUUCUAGCAUGGGUUAUUUUAACAAUGAAUGCAUUUGCUUUUGAAAAUGGUAUUCUAAUAAUGUAAACAGCAGCUAACAGAACAUUCCAUGUUUUAGUUUUCAAUAGUUUUGGAUUUCACAAAGCAAGAAGUGAAUAUGAAGAAUCACUAAUUGCAGCGGAUAUAAGAUUCAUAGGUAGUCAACCUUCUUAAAAACCAACUUGUUGUCUAGGAAAACAAAUAGGCACUUUAAACAAAAUUAUGCUAGCAAAAGCUAUAGUGCUAGCUUUACAGCACAUGAAUCCUUAAUAUUCAGGGGGAAACACUUACCUUGAAAUGCACUUUUAUUGUAUAUCUUUUUAUUUCAAAAGAACCAAGAGUAGCCUUUAUACUGCUCUCUUACAUAACAAGUAAAUCUGCACAUACAAUUUAUUUCAGAUAUGACAGAGUGCAUUUAAUGAAUUGUUUCACAUCCCUAACUACUUGCCUUUGUGUGAAAAACUGUCCGGUAUACAACUCUUCAUCUUCAGAAUUUUUGGUAGAUGAGCAGCCCUCUAAUAGUUGAAAUAGAAGCAUGAGUUAGAAAAUCCCUCUUAAAUCAUCACUGGUGAGUACAAUUCUACCCUCCC